AUGUCUGUCCCAAGGUGUGGAAGUAUCAUUGUUGACCUUGGACUGAAAUUCAACUCCACUACAAAGGAACAAGAUGUUAUCAUAACACUUAAUGACGCUGUGAAAGAUGGAAAGCUGGGAGAGUUCAGUGUUGGUGCCAUAAAAGGGAAAAGACCUGAUGUAGAACUAACAGGUAGAGGUGCCACAUCACCAGUUAAUGGGGGUAUUAGUCCUCACAACACUUCAUACAAAAGUUUGCAAGUUGAUUUAUGAAUGUCCUUGCCCUGUACUUGGUUGUAAGCAUAUUUUUUUUGGUGUAACAAAACAUUUUUGAAAGUUACUGUAUUUGACUCAAAAUUGUUACUGCAGCAGGUUUAUACAGAGAUCUGAAGACUUGGUGUAUAAUGGUAAUGUUAACAAUGACAAUCAAAACCAGCCCCAAUUUGAGCACUAACAGGACAGUUUAUGCAUCAAUUGCAUGUGUACACACUUUUGUUGUGUAUUUCCUCAAGUUAACUUUUGAUUUCAAUGCAAACAUGUAGCAAAUGUUUAGUACAUGUAUGUUUCCCAAUAUCUCAUGCUUUUUAUUUACCUAAAUUAACUUUUGUUCUGUAGUUUUAGAACAUGAUUUGUUUACAUUUUCUUUCUAAGAUGCGAUGUGUGGCCCGCAUGAGUCCAAGGAAAUAGCAGCCAUGCUUGUUUUCCUCAAUUUAAUUGAGUGUAUUUUUUAUAGAAUCUUCAGAGCUUCCAAGUGGGAUGAACACAGGUAAAACAUUCUUCAAUGACAAAUGCUAGACUUUGUAAAUGUUAAGUGACGUGUAAUUUUAUCUGAUUUAGUACUCUCUAUCUAGACACCUGUGACUUUAAGUUUUCUAAAAAUAGAAGGAAAAAACAAUUACCGUCCAACUGAAUUGAGCUUUAAUUUAUGAGUUGUGUUAUAUACCUUAAUACUCUUAUAUCUUUCUGGUUCAGGGAACAACUUUGUAGCUUUACUUUUAAUGAGCUUUAAAUAUUUGUAAUGGUGAUUAGAUUAUAAUCAUGGUUUUCUCUUUUUCUAUAUUAUUUCUUCUAUGCAACAAAUCCUGGCUGUGGAAAAAGGUGAGAUCUGAUUAUGCUCGAUUUUAUCCACAAGUUUAUCCACAAGUUUGUUGAUUGAGGAGUGGGUGGCUCUAUUUUAUUUUCGCUGUGAAUAACCAAUUGGAAGUUGUGGUUUAAAAGCUUCUAAAGAGGGGAGAAUAUUCGAUAUAAAUUAUCCCAUAUUUCUUUCAACCUUGCAUGAGCAGAAUUUGUAUCCCCUAUCUUUUUCUGAAUGAGUAAAUAAUUAUGCAUUAACGCAGCCUGUUCAGUUCUAUAUAUGUAAUGAAUUGUGAAACACAAAAUUGUGGAAAGAAUUGAGUUCUUUACAACGCAUUUGGAAUUCAGUCAGAGUUCUGACUGAAUUCCAAAUGUUUCCUGACCAUUAAAGAAGUACAGAGGCAGAUUCUUUACGAUAAGAUCAUUGGGAAAAAUAUUUCUCAAGCUUAUCACACAUUGUAGGUACCAUAGGUAUUGUUCUUGGUGCAGUAUUUGGAUCAAUUGUUGCACUGGCUGUUGCUGGAAUAUUAGUUUGGUGGACUUGCAGGAAAAUGAGGUGCAACAGGAAAGGCACUAAAGGCAAGUGUUGCAUACAUGUUAUGCUCUCAAACGAACACUAGUUUUGGCAUCCCAGACAUAUAUCUUUUACAUUUUUCCUUUUUUCUAAGACUAAGUUCAAUCUUCAGUUCACUAUCUGCUGCAUUAUGAUCUUUGCUUAAGCGAUUUUUGUAUUUUUAACAGAUACCUUUCAAAACAGUGUAUUAUAAACUAAUAAUUUGUUUUUGUUAUCUAGUUAUGGUUAAAAGACCUUGCAUGACGUUGUAAACUUUAAGACUAAACUUGAUGUACAUCAAACAGACUUUGCUUUGCUUGUGAGAGAGAAAUUCUGCUUGAUGUCGAUUAUAUAUUGUUUUGUUUUGUUUCGGUUUCCUUUAAUUUUUCUGUUUUGUUGUGUCUUUUUUUUCACUACAGAGGUGGCGGUGAGCAGAAGGUGAGAUUUUUAUAUUGGAAAUGUUGCUCUUUACUUGCGUUGUUCCUUUACGGCUCAAUCGUGUGAAUGUUUGUGAUUAAUCUCAUUACCACUAACUUCAAGGCACUCUUGCGCAGCAGAGAUACCACUUUUGGACAAUGAAUUUAAUAGUUGUCACUUGUACAUGCAUAACCGAAACCUUAAUGACCUGUAGAAAACUGGGGGGGGGGGGAACAAGAACACCAAAAACUGAAGAGUGUAUGUUAAGCUUAUUAUCUUAUUCUCAUUAUAUAUAUAUAUAUAUAUAUAUAUAUAAUGCAAGAUCAUCAUGUGUUAGUUCAGGCCUAAGUACUAGUUUUCUAGGUGUCCCCUAUUAGUUAAGUGAUCUUCCCUCGGUGAUCUCACUAUGACUAAGGAAUAAAGUGUUGUUAUUAUCAUUGUUAUUAUGAGUAAUGGUAAUAGGACUGAGUUGAGUCCAAUUUGGUCUGUAAUCAUGAGUGAUCUAAAAAAUUGGAUGAUCCCAGAGCAGGAGUCCGAUAUGUUAAUUACAAGUUAAUCAAAAGUAGGACAAAAUAUAAGAAACGAUGUUUUGUAUUUAAAAAAACAAGAACAACAACAGGUAACUCAGUAAAGUACAUGACAACAGCGCAUGCACAUGACACGAACUGUCCAAUAACUCACCCCAUUAACAAGCAUGACGUGUACACUGUCCCAUUGGAGCCUAAAUUGGGCUUGUGGUAACCAAUCAUGUUUGUGAAUUUUAUAGUUUUGAUUAUUAUUACAAUUUUCAUUAUUAUUAUUAUUAUUAUUAUAAUUCUUGUUAUCUUUGUCAUUACCAUUAUUAAAAUUAUCAUUGCUCCAAAAGUUUUCUGUUACAAUGAUAGGUGACAGUUAAGAAAAUCUUUAAGGUUGACAAAUUUGUAGAGCCUUGGAAAAUAAAUUUUAGUUAAUCUGCCCAUAAUACUGUUAUCAUUCGCUACAGUAUAUUUAGAAGGUUCAUAAGGAUAAAGUCUUUUUUCCUUCGGUGGCAGGAAACCACCAUAAGGGCAUGAUAUUCGUCUCCACUGCUCGUAACUGGGGGAAAUGAAACUUUCAAUGUUUGAAUGCAGAGGAUGCGAAACCUCUGGCUCUUAAAACUAAAAUUUCUCUAAGACAAUCACAUAUGAGAAGCUCAGGGCAAGUCUACUCUGCUCUUAUGGUCUGACUGUAGAGGGAGGGUACGGCUACAUGUAGGCUGACUGUAUCUGAGCCUAUACCUUGUUUCCAGCUGCUUUCCUAACUGGACUGAGCUGUCUGUUAGGAUUUUACAGUCAGAGAGAAUUGGGUUUUUUUUGUAAUAUAUUUGAUUCGCUGUUCCAGAACAUUUGGAAAUUCAAGUAAUGAAACAGGCGGAAGUACCGAUGUAAGUGAUGCGACGAAAUCUUUUGUCUUCAUAUAUAUGUACAUUUUCCUAUAGCCCUAGGUACGAUUUGUUUUUACGUUGCUGUCUUUACUGAGAGUCUUUCCACUGCAGUUUACAGUUCGUACACGAACCCAGAAAGUUAUGAUCAAUACAGAUUUCAAGUCUAUUAUUCAUUGAUAUUUUCAAAUAAUAGUGGUUUAUUUUUCAUAAGACAGCUGAUUUGAAGAUUUGAAAUAAUUUCCGAGCAAGUUGGGUAGUUUAUUAUCUUUUGUUGAUUGAAGACAACUUUGUCUUUGAGAUUGCAGUCGAAUUGCUUAAACCUUCUCAAAGCCAUUACAUGGCACUGGAUGACAGAACUCGUUCACGAGUGAUGGCAGAUGCCAGUCCACUCAGCACUGAACAAAUCAGCGAGUACGCUUCUCUUAAUCCAUACGCACGCUCCUGGGAGAUUCCUAGAGAACAUGUGACGAUAAAGCAGAUAGUUGGAAAAGGUGCUUUUGGUCAGGUUGCCAAGGCAACAGCCGUAAAUCUACAAGGAAGAGCCGAGAAGACGCUCGUAGCAGUCAAAAUGUUGAAAGGUACCAAGAAAUAAAGUCAUUUUUUUACUUGGUCUUUGAACUAACUUAGAAGUCUGUCCAAAUUAUUCCGUUUAUUUUUAUUUUAAUGAUAUGCUUCUGCAUAAUUUCCAAGCUCCUGUUUAGAGUAAUCACAUUCUAUAUGACUAGUCCACGGUUAUGUCCAUAGUUUGAAGCUUGUUCUACUUGAUGUAGCGAUGGAAUUUUAAGAUAUAAUUUAAACAUUCCCCCUCAAAUGAUGGUCACAUUUGGGAGCCUAGGCACUUUACGUCGACAAAGAAAAGCACCUUGAAUAUGAUGUAUGGUAGGGUCGCAUGAUAUCUAUUUAUCUAUCUGUCUGUCUGUCUGUCUGCCUGUCUUUCCGUCUGUAUAUCUGUAUAUCUAUUUGUCUGGCAAUCUGUAUAUCAAUCUAUAAAUCUAUCUAGCUAUCUACCUAUCUGUCUAUCUGUCUAUCUUUCCGUCUAUCAACCUUUCUUUAUUUCAAUCUAUCUAUCUAUCUAUCUAUCUUUCUAUCUAUCAAUCUGUCCACAUGUCUAUCUAUUUAUCAAUCUAUCUUUUUGUCUAUCAAUCUCUAUAUAUGUAAUGUAAUGAUUUAUCCAUCUGUAUACGUUUACCUAGAUAAUAGUAUUAUUGAAAUGUUAUUCGACCAUGAUUGAUCGGAAAUCCUGUUGCAGAAAACGCUUCUGAAUCAGAGAGGAAGGAUUUGCUGUCUGAACUUGAAUUGAUGAAACAACUUAAACCUCAUCCUUACGUUAUCAAACUUUUGGGAUGCGUUAUCAAGUCUGGUAAAUACUGAAAAGUUUAAUAUCAGUAUACCGUAAUUAUUCGAUUUGGCGCUUAGGGCGCUCAUUUACUUUUGGUAGGCAACAGGAGGGUGCUUAUUUGAAACAGGGCGAAAGAACCAAGCAAACGACUGGUAUCUUCGGGUAAAAGUAGACAACGAGACUCACACCCAGAGGUCCGCGUAGCCCUCUUUGUUUAGGUUCAAGAAACUGUCUUGAAAUCAAUUCAUAGGAUGCCACUCGUAGGUACCUUAUUUACCCGACUGAUCAUCGCGGCGUUCAUUACGUUUUUCUUGUUUUUGAGGAGGUCUUUGUCAGUAUAGUCCAUUUAAUUCACCCCAUCAUUUCAUAACCCAUUGUUUCCAUCUCUGUUAACUUCUGAGAAAAUCGGCUGACCGACGCAGAAAGUUUGGGCAUAUUCUAUUCUUGCAUGCACGUGUGAGGUCUCGAUAGAGUUAAUUUGACAGCAAAGAAGUAGUCACAGUUGUAUACUGUCCGCUAAACAGCAGUGUAUGUAUAAUCAAUAAGUGAGAUCUACGAUCAGCAAAAUUUACUGGUGGACCAAAAAUGGGCCAACACCAAAACUGCGUGCUUAAGGUUUGCAUACAUGUGGCGGAUAUGAGCCGGUCAGAUGUGAACACUCUAUGAGGGCGGGAAUCUUUCCGGUAGAAGACCUUGAAGAUAAACAUGACCUGCUUUAAAUGAAAGUUUGAUACGAUGUCAGUUCAGUGGCAUCGACAUUUUACCCUUCCCAAUUAUUUUUUCAAGUUUAGAAACUUAUGGCUACUUUGCUUCUAAAAUAAACUUACAAGAAUUGUGAAUAUAACCGAGUUAUAGGAUAGUUGAUAUUUUAUUUUCUUACAAACGUUGAAUAAUUGUCGUACUCUUCCAAGUUGCUGUGCCGUUUAUUGAAGAGUGACAUUUAUUGUUAAUUUUGCUUCCGUCUGCGGUAAAUAAUCAAGCAUAUGCGGAACUUUGUUUGUCUCCCUAGAGCCACUGUUUGUGCUGAUCGAAUAUGUUCCUUUUGGGGAUCUGCUGGGUUACCUGAGAAAGAGCCGUGGUUUGAAUGAUACUUACUACAAAGACCCGGAUAUCAAACCACAAACAAAUCUGACCUCACAACAGCUGAUUAAAUUUGCUUGGCAAAUCGCUGAUGGAAUGUCUUAUUUGUCAUCGAUACCAGUGAGUGAUGUAAUAAAUCUUUGAAUGACGUUCUUAUAGAAUAAGGCCUCAUUUGUCACUCACUAUACCUGACUUUUCAUUAAAUCGUGGACUCACUGCCUAGGAUGUCAUCCCAUGUCAGCUGAGUCACCCCUAGGUCUCUCGUUUCGUUAAAUGGUGUUUUCCGAAAGAAACGUUUUCUCUUUGUGUAAGGUUAUUCAUAGAGAUCUUGCAGCUCGUAAUGUGUUGGUUGGAGAGGAGGAAACAUGCAAAGUGACGGACUUUGGAAUGGCCAGAGAUGUGCAGGAGGACAAUAUUUAUGAAAGAAAAACCAGGGUAUGAAUGAUCUUAAGAAAUCAUAUAAUGUUCUCGUAAGUCUUGGAUUGUGUGGCUUAAGAUGCCUCACUGGAGUGACUGCUUAAAGAAAAAAGCUCAGUAAAUCCUGUUCCGUUUCCCGGAACUUUCGUUACGGUGUUGUCGUCAUUGGGAGCAUUAGUACUUUUUAAGGACUACGCUAACUCCUCGCAUUUUUGCUUCUUAUUCAGGGGCGUCUCCCUGUAAAAUGGACUGCCAUUGAGGCGUUGCUUUACGGAAAAUAUUCUACCAUCCAGGAGUGAUGUGUGAGUACAAGGAAGACAUAACACUGCAGUUAAGCUCAAUGAGAAUGGUUUUGUAUGAACUGUUUUCAGGUCUGCAAAAAGUUAUUUGGUAACUUUUGUAUUUAGGUCUUUUUAUUUUGCUGGUGUAAGCUCAUCUCAGUGAGAAGUGGUUAUUCUCAUUUUUCAUGGUUAGUGACCAGGGAUCAACUCCUAUGACCCUGUGCAGGUGUCCCUCCCCACCUCCUUCCCCCUUCCCCUUUAAUACCAAAGAUGUUUUAAUUAAUUUUUUUUGCAGGAAAGAAAUUUUAUUCCUUAAAUUUAUCCCGUUUGUUUUACAGGUGGAGCUACGGAGUUCUCCUCUAUGAGAUUUUCACGAUUGGUAAGUUACUAGGCAGAUUGCCAGUCCAGUAAUUUUAGCCUCAGAAAUUGGGGGGACACGAAGUCAUGAAGUAAGCAGGGUGUACCAAUUGGCUUUCGGUCAUACCAAGUCGCUGGCCCUAGCUGGAAAAAUUGUUAAUAGAAAUACAUCUGUGGAGCUUUUCAUUUUAGAGUAUAUUAACAUUAAGUGCUCUAUUCAGGUGGUUCACCGUAUCCAAGGAUGGAUGGAAGAAAAAUUGCAAACUUACUUCAAGAGGGAUACAGAAUGCCUAAACCACAACAUGUGGAUGCUAAGUUGUAUGAUUAUAUCUUAUUAUUGUUUCUUGAUGGCUUUUAUCGUACAGUAGUAUUUGUGCCGCUUUUUGUUCGAGUUUCAUGUGCGCCUUAAGAUAAACCCAUCUUUACUUAUUGAACCAGCCUAACGAAGGGAAAUGAAAGAAGAAGUACACUAUCACCAGUUGAUUUCUUUUGUAUAAAUCUUUUGUCCUCUAUUGUAACAAGAUGGAAUUAUAAGACCAAAAUGGUUUUUGAACCGUUUCUAAUAAAACUUUUUUUUGACGUCCUUUUAGGUAUGACUUUAUGACAAAAUGUUGGAAAGACGACCCUAACUUGAGACCAUCUUUUGAGAAGUUGAGAAACAAACUCAAAGAAAUGGAAAAACAGCACAAGGUAGAAUGGUAGAGUUUACAAACAGACUCUCUGUGUUCUUUUUUCCCUUUUCAAAGUUUGAUUGUUAGAAUCUAUCACCAUCAACUUAACUUGAUAACGGCGGCACCAUGAAUGCUUGCAAGCGUGGUUUAUGACUUCAAUUUAUUUCGCUUUUCGAGCAGUUUUCAAUUGAGUUUCGAAAGUGCAAAUCGAAAGUAAAAACUAAAACUAAUCCCAGCUUGAUCACGAGCGUUUUCCGCGCUUCAAGGAGGAUGCCAGAUCCUACUUUAAGUUCUCAUUGAUUAAUGUUGAUGUUAACCUUUGUUCUCAUUGAUAGUUGUGAAUACUUUCAGUUUGGUGUUUCAAGGGUUAGGCUUAGGGUUAGUUGAUUCUCGAUGAUUAAUAUAAGACUUCACUAUCUAAAAUUAAUUGUAACAGCAAUAUGCUCUCUUUCUGGGUAAAAAAAUGAAGGAACUCUCGAAAGCUUAACAGAUUAUAGCAUAAUUUAUACUCGUUUUUCAUAUUUUUUCGUAUGCCUUUUGUUUUUUGUUUUUUUUACAGGGGCUGAUAAACUUAAAAAAUUACGAUGAUCGACUCUACGUUAAUGUUGACGAUCUUGCCGUGUGA